CUUUCGAUAAGCAGCCGCACGCAACUAAUGCUAUAUUUUCGAUCUUCAUUUUAUCGAUCAUGUCGUUUCUCUUCCGGAUCCAUCAAUUCAUGAUUCCUCCUUCAAGAUGCUUCAUUGGGAGCUUGCCAGCCGUCCUACGUCCCUCUGAAGCUGUUUCUUUAUGCACGUUGCCAAGAGGUUCCAGACAACGCAUUCUUGCGUUUCUCGUGAACGCAAAUUACGCCCUCGAAGGAUCGCCAUAAAACUUAUCGCAGGUAAUUGUAUACUAGACCAAAUCGAGAUAUUCAGCGUCAUUCUUGUUUGCAGGGAUUUCCUUCCUUUUUUCGUAGGUGGAUUCUUUUCGAGCUGGCUGCUCCAGGGCUUCACAUGUCCAUCCACUGGGUAUCUUCUGACCGUCCUAGAACAGAGAUGUGCGGUGGAUUAUUCUCUAGAAAGCGGGCAAUGAUCUUUUAACUUCCCCAUUCCGGAGCAUCAAGAAGGAAAAUCCCGAAUGUUCACCUCCCAUGAUGCGCCGCAAGACUCCAUCAGGAUAAGCUGUAAAGCGCUUCCAAUACGCCACCACCCGGACUUUAGCGCAGAUUGUUCAGGGUAGAAAAAAACUGAAUGGGUCCAGGUUGUUCGGACAUGGUUAUUUGUUGUUCAAUAAAGAUUUGAUCUUCAGGUCCCAAUGUC